UGGCCGCGUCGCUGUACCGGGGGGUUCUCUUUCGUGCCUAUGGUUACCGGUGCGUGAGGAAGGUAGGGGCUGAGAGCUGCUUCGACUAGACCCCCGCCAUGUCCCCCCGCUCCCUCGGUGGCCUCCUUCUACUACUGCUGUGCCUGCUUGGGGACGCCAUCGCCGGGAGAGAUUUCUAUAAGAUUUUGGGGGUUCCUCGCAGUGCAUCUGUUAAAGAUAUUAAAAAGGCCUACCGAAAACUAGCCCUUCAGCUUCAUCCAGACAGAAACCCUGAUGAUCCACGUGCACAGGAAAAAUUUCAGGAUCUUGGGGCUGCCUAUGAGGUAUUGUCAGAUGAGGAAAAACGAAAGCAGUAUGAUGCCUAUGGUGAAGAAGGGUUGAAAGAGGGACAUCAAAGUUCUCAUGGAGAUAUUUUUUCACAUUUCUUUGGAGAUUUUGGUUUCAUGUUUGGAGGCAAUCCUCGUCAGCAAGACAGGAACAUUCCAAGGGGAAGCGACAUUAUUGUGGACCUAGAAGUUACGCUGGAAGAAGUAUACUCCGGAAAUUUUGUGGAAGUUAUAAGAAACAAGCCAGUUGCAAGACAAGCACCAGGGAAACGAAAAUGCAAUUGCCGGCAAGAGAUGAGGACAACCCAGUUAGGCCCAGGACGUUUCCAGAUGACACAAGAAGUUGUCUGUGAUGAGUGUCCCAAUGUCAAACUUGUGAAUGAAGAACGAACGUUAGAGGUGGAGAUAGAACCUGGCGUUAGGGAUGGGAUGGAAUAUCCCUUUAUAGGGGAAGGAGAACCUCAUGUUGAUGGAGAACCAGGUGACUUGCGCUUCCAAAUAAAAGUUCUUAAACAUCCAGUCUUUGAAAGAAGAGGAGAUGAUUUAUAUACAAAUGUUACCAUCUCACUUGUGGAAGCUCUUGUUGGAUUUGAAAUGGAUAUUGCUCAUUUAGAUGGACAUAAGGUCCAUAUUGCCCGAGAUAAAAUCACAAAACCUGGAGCCAAGCUGUGGAAGAAAGGAGAAGGUCUUCCAAACUUUGAUAACAAUAACAUCAAAGGCUCCCUUAUCAUUACAUUUGAUAUUGAAUUUCCAAAAGAACAGUUGACUGGAGAACAGCGAGAAAGUCUCAAACAAUUGCUGAAACAAGCAUCUGUUCAGAAGGUGUAUAAUGGACUGCAGGGCUAUUGAGACUGAGACAAAUGGACUUUCUUGUGGAUAAAUGAAAUAAGUACUGUAAACUGCAGUCUUUUCUGCUGGUCAUUGUAGAACAAAUGCAGAGGGUGGAGUAACCUCUGAAACCUCUUUUUUUUACAAUAGCAAGGAUAAUUCUGGGAUGGAUCAGAAGACAACAAACAAAAUGUCUUUAUUCUGGAUACAACUGGUGCUCUAUUUGGAGCAAUUAGGCUCCAGCAGUUGAGAGAGAGAUCGUGUUUUUAACAGAAUUAGCACACUGAAGUUCCGUUUUCAAAUAUAUUUUGAUGUUACUUUUUUUGCCACCCUUAA